CAGAAAUUUGAAGCUCCGGCUGGCCUGUCGUUGAUUUAUGUAUCUGGAGAGAAUGUCCCAGAAACCGCCUUUAUGUCUUCGGUUGCAUCCUGCAAAAUCGGUGGAUACGGGAUGAAGAGAGGCACAAUGCCUUCGCAAGAAGAAGCGGUCUGCACCUCGCUUGCAGUUACUUUCUGAUGGCAGCCCUUCUGUAUAGCGAUUUGCCCUUGCUGUGUGAGAGAAGGGAGAAACAGAUGCUCCGAAACUAUACAAUAUGCCGGAAACAUAGAGCGCCCAUCUCGCCGUUGCAUCCACUCUACCGAGGCUUGACAUCACCAACUCGCCAUGAUUUCUAAGCCGCUCGUCGCAUAUAACCCCGAAACCCCUCUUCUGGGCAUCUCAGUGCAAUUGACCUACAAUUCCCGCCCAAGCUCAAAUUUUGACCAUGGCUUCGAAGCAAGUACCCGAUAUUGAUGUCAAACCUGCCUCUGGCAUCUCUUACUUCACCCCAGCCCAAGAGCCCCCCGCAGGAACUGCUGCCGACCCGCAGUCAGAUGAAGCGCAGAUUCCAAAGCUGUUUCGGCCUCUCAAAGUGAGGGGUCUUACCUUACACAACCGUAUUGGACUGUCGCCGUUGUGUCAAUACUCCGCAGACGAUGGCCAUAUGACCGCAUGGCACAUGGCCCAUUUGGGAGGAAUUGCCCAGCGCGGGCCCGGUUUUCUCAUGGUAGAGGCGACCGCCGUCGAGCCAGAAGGUCGCAUCACACCGCAGGACCUCGGUCUCUGGAAAGACUCGCAGAUCAAGCCGAUGAAGGAUGUCAUUGAAUUUGCGCACAGUCAAAACCAGAUUAUCGGAGUCCAGAUUGCGCACGCCGGCCGAAAGGCUAGUACUGUUCCUCCGUGGCUGUCUUUCGGCGACAUUGCAACCGAGAAGGUUGGAGGCUGGCCAGACCGUGUUAAAGGCCCAACUGGCGUCCCAUUUGCAUCGCGAUACCCUACUCCGAAGCAAAUGACCAAGGAUGAUAUCGAGGAUCUCAAGGUCUCGUGGGUGGCCGCCGUCAAACGGGCGGUUCGCGCUGGUGCGGAUUUCGUUGAGAUCCACAACGCGCACGGCUAUCUCCUUAUGUCUUUUCUCUCGCCUGCCGUCAAUACCAGAACAGACGAAUACGGCGGGAGCUUCGAGAACCGUAUCCGCCUCAGCCUCGAAAUUGCGAAACUGACCAGGGAGGCUGUUCCAGAACAUCUACCCGUCUUUUUGCGGGUGUCGGCUACCGAUUGGUUAGAGGAAGCACAGCCUGAUCAACCAAGUUGGCGAUUAGAAGACACAGUCAAAUUCGCUCAAGCUCUAGCAGAGAGUGGCAAUGUCGAUGUCCUUGAUGUUAGCAGCGGUGGGACUCAUUCAUCCCAGAAAGUUCAAUCCAAGCCUGGCUUCCAGGCACCGUUCGCUGUUGCUGUGAAGAAGGCAGUGGGUGACAAGUUGAUUGUUGGGACGGUUGGAAUGAUCGACAGCGGCCAUCUAGCAAAUACACUACUCGAGAAAGACGGCUUAGAUAUUGCGCUAGUUGGCAGAGGAUUCCAGAAGAACCCAGGAUUAGUCUGGACAUUUGCUGAGGAGCUGGGUGUGGAAAUCUCUAUGGCUAACCAGAUCAGAUGGGGGUUCUCUUCGCGCGGCGGCGGCCCAUAUCUUAGGAAAAGGUCUGGUAAGAUUUAAGGGGGCUUGCAAAAGACAUAGACAACUGGAGAUCCCAAAUGCCGUCGGGACUUUAGAUAGACUGUCUGUAGACGGCGGAGUCAUGGAACAUGUUUAUCAUCUACUGUCUCAUUUAGAAUGGGUACCAACCGUAAAUGAACAUACAAAUCUAUCCUUCAAUAUACAAAUAGC